ACAAUCCCAGACUUUAGCCUCUACUACAAAGCUGUCAUCAUCAAGACAGCAUGGUAUUGGCACAAAAACAGACACAUAGACCAAUGGAAUAGAAUAGAAACCCCAGAACUAGACCCACAAACGUAUGGCCAACUCAUCUUUGACAAAGCAGGAAAGAACAUCCAAUGGAAAAAAGACAGUCUCUUUAACAAAUGGUGCUGGGAGAACUGGACAGCAACAUGCAGAAGGUUGAAACUAGACCACUUUCUCACACCAUUCACAAAAAUAAACUCAAAAUGGAUAAAGGACCUGAAUGUGAGACAGGAAACCAUCAAAACCCUAGAGGAGAAAGCAGGAAAAGACCUCUCUGACCUCAGCCGUAGCAAUCUCUUACUCGACACAUCCCCAAAGGCAAGGGAAUUAAAAGCAAAAAUGAACUAUUGGGACCUCAUGAAGAUAAAAAGCUUCUGCACAGCAAAGGAAACAACCAACAAAACUAAAAGGCAACCAACGGAAUGGGAAAAGAUAUUUGCAAAUGACAUAUCGGACAAAGGGCUAGUAUCCAAAAUCUAUAAAGAGCUCACCAAACUCCACACCUGAAAAACAAAUGACCCAGUGAAGAAAUGGGCAGAAAACAUGAAUAGACACUUCUCUAAAGAAGAUAUCCGGAUGGCCAACAGGCACAUGAAAAGAUGCUCAACGUCGCUCCUUAUCAGGGAAAUACAAAUCAAAACCACACUCAGAUAUCACCUCAUGCCAGUCAGAGUGGCCAAAAUGAACAAAUCAGGAGACUAUAGAUGCUGGAGAGGAUGAGGAGAAACGGGAACCCUCUUGCACUGUUGGUGGGAAUGCAAAUUCGUGCAGCCACUCUGGAAAGCAGUGUGGAGGUUCCUCAGAAAAUUAAAAAUAGACCUACCCUAUGACCCAGCAGUAGCACUGCUAGGAAUUUACCCAAGGGAUACAGGAGUACUGAUGCAUAGGGGCACUUGUACCCCAAUGUUUAUAGCAGCACUCUCAACAAUAGCCAAAUUAUGGAAAGAGCCUAAAUGUCCAUCAACUGAUGAAUGGAUAAAGAAAUUGUGGUUUAUAUACACAAUGGAGUACUACAUGGCAAUGAGAAACAGCGAAAUAUGGCCCUUUGUAGCAACGUGGAUGGAACUGGAGAGUGUGAUGCUAAGUGAAAUAAGCCAUACAGAGAAAGACAGAUACCAUAUGUUUUCACUCUUAUGUGGAUCCUGAGAAACUUAACAGAAACCCAUGGAGGAGGGGAAGGAAAAAAAAAAAAAAGAGGUUAGAGUGGGAGAGAGCCAAAGCAUAAGAGACUCUUGAAAACUGAGAACAAACUGAGGGUUGAUGGGGGGUGGGAGGGAGGGGAGGGUGGGUGAUGGGUAUUGAGGAGGGCACCUUUUGGGAUGAGCACUGGGUGUUGUAUGGAAACCAAUUUGACAAUAAAUUUCAUAUAUUGGAAAAAAAAUAUAUUUCUAGCUCCUAAAGCUAACCUAUAAUUAGGAGUAGCUUAUUUCAUGAAGUAGUGAGCUAAAUUAACCUGGAAUAGUCAAACCUAUCACAUGGUUAUUUAGCACAUAGAGUACACAGCACAUACUGCUAAUAGAAAAAAAAAAAUAAUGGUCUUGAUCUCUGUGCAUUUAAAUCCUUCUUUCUCCCUUAGCGCUCUGCUCCUCUUCCCUCCCAUCUCAGUCUGUCUGUUGUCCACAGUGUCUGGCAUUUGGCCAAUGAAAUGGUUACAGGAAACCAGUAUACUUAAUGUAUACAAAAUGUGCAGACAGUCUGUUUAGCAUCUAUUCAGAUUUGAUGCUUUGGAAUAACUUAGCAGAUAGACUGAAUUUGUUUUGAAUAUAGUAGUACAUUUCUCCUAAAAAUCAUUAAUUUUUUAGUCCUCAUAUCAUAAAAAGAUUUUUUUGAGUGUAACUGACAUACAAUAUUAAAUUAGUUUCUGGGUGCCUGGGUGGCUCAGUGGGUUGAGUGUCUGACUUUGGCUUAGGUCAUGAUCUCACAGUUGGUGAGUUUGAGCCCCACGUCAGGCUCUGUGCUGACAGCUCAGAGCCUGGAAUGUGCUUUGGUUUCUGUGUCUUCCUCUCUCUCUGCCCCUCCUCCACUUAUGCUCUGUCUCUUUUCAAAAAUAAACAUUAAAAAAUAAAAAUAAAUAACUAAAUAACUUUCAAAUAUACAAGGUAGUGAUUCUGCAAGUUUCUACAUUAUGCCAUGCUCACCACAAGUAUAGCUACAAUCUGUCACCAUGCAAUGCUAUUACAAUGUCAUUGACUAUAUUCCUUAUGCUGUGCAUUAUAUUCCUGUGACUUAUUCAUCCCAUAACUGGAACCCUAUAUCUCUCACUUCCCUUCACCCAUUUGGUAUCCUCCCACCUCCCUCCCCUCAGGCAACCACCCGUUUGUUCUCUACUUCUAUCUUUUUUUUAGUUAAUAGAUUUUAAUGUUUAGAGAAGUUUCAGGUUUACAGAAAAAUUGAGCAGAAAGUCCAGAGAGUUACCUAUACUGCCACUCUUCCACACACACAUUUGUCCCUCUUAUUAGCAUUUUGUAUUAGUGUAGCACAUUUGUUACAAUUGAUGAGCCAAAAUGGACAGACACACUAUUCUUAAUUAGAGCUCAUAUUGUGUUUUGAGAAAUGUAUAAUGACGUGUUUCCAUUAUUACAGAGUCGUACAGAGUGACUUCCUUGCCCUAAAAAAACCACUGUUCUUCACCUCUUUGUCUUUCCCUUCCCCCAACCCCUGGCAACCACUGAUCUUUUUACAAUUUUCAUACUUUGGCCCUUUCCAGAAUGUCAUAUCAUUGGAAUUAUACAGUAUGUAGCUUUUUCAGACUGGUUUCUUUUACUUAGCAAUAUGCAUUUAAGUCUUCACCAUGUCUUUUCAUAGCUUGAAACCUCAUUUAUUUUUAUCACUGAAUAAUACUGCAUCAUAUGGAUAUAUCACAGUUUGUUUAUUUUUUUGCCUUUUUAAGUAUUUUCAACAUCUGCUUCACUCUCAUAAAGCACAAACAUGGAUUUUUUUUAAGAGAUGGGGAAAAAAAAAAACCAACCCCUGCCUAUUAGAAAGUGAAUUAAAUUCCUCUGUAAAGGAAAGGAGUGGGGAGUGCACAUUCUCUUCAUAUCUGAAAAGUUUAAACUGGACAUAAAUAAACAAGAACUUUGAGAAUCAUUCCUAUGUCCUUCUAGAAUGGACACUGUGGGCAAGAGUGCCUUGGAAAUCUGAAUAAAUAGGUUCAUGAUCAUUGUGAGAACCUGAAAGUACUUUCCAUAAAAAUUCCUCUUUGUCUGUUGUCCAGUGUGUCAGGAAGCUGUCUGGGAAGCCUUCCGGACAUUUUGGGAUCGACUUCCUGGACGUGAGGAAUAUCGUUACUGGAUGAAUUUGUGUGAGGAUGGAAACACAACUAUAUUUGAAAUGGGCACAAAUUUUAGUCAGUCUGUGGAACAUAGAAAUUUAAUUAUGAAGAAAAUGACAUAUACAAAGGAAACUGUAAGCAGCCCUGAAUUGUCAUCUCCAGUUCCUGUUGGUGAUGCCCCAACAUCAGGAGGUGCUGUUGUCAGUGUUCCAUAUCCAGAGGUGACCACCUCUGAAGGUAUCUCAGAGAGCAGCAAGGAGAGGCCUGGGGAGAGUAUUAGUAAUGAAAUUGAGAAUGUCAUGGAAGAAACCACAAAACCAGCAACUGAGCAGAUUGCAGAGUUUAGUAUCCACCUUUUGGGAGAGCAAUAUAGGGAAGAACUACAGGAUCCCUCCAACUUUCAGCACCAGCACCUUGUAGAAGAGUUUAUUUCAGAGGUUGAAAAUGCAUUUACUGGGUUACCAGGCUAUAAGGACAUCCGUGUACUUGACUUUAGGUCCCCCAAGGAAAAUGGCAGUGGUUUAGAUGUUCACUAUGCAGUGACCUUCAAUGGUGAGGCCAUUGGCAAUACCACCUGGGACCUAAUUAGCCUUCAUUCCAACAAGGUGGAAAACCAUGGUCUUGUGGAACUGGAUGAUAAGCCCACUGCUGUUUAUGCAAUUAGUAACUUCAGAGAUUAUAUUGCUGAGACACUGCACCAGAAUUUUUUGUUGGGGAAUUCCUCUUUGAAUCCAGAUCCUGACUCCCUCCGGCUUAUCAAUGUGAGAGGGGUUUUACUUCCUGAAACUGAAGACCUAGUUUGGAACACCCAAAGUUCAAGUCUUCAGGCAACCCUACCAUCCAUUUUGGAUAAUACCCUUCAAGCUGAAUGGCCCUCAGCAGAUGAAUCCACCACCAGCAGUAUUUCACCACUUGAUUUCAGCUCUGGUCCUCCCUCAACCAAUGGCAGGGAACUCUGGUCAGAAAGCCCUUUGGGUGAUUUAGUGUCUACACCCGAAUUAGCCUUUCCCGCGAAGGUGGGCCUCAGUUCUUCCCCAGAGGUUUUAGAGGUUAGCAGCUUGACUCUUCAUUCUGUCACCCCAGCAGUGCUUCAGACUGGCUUGCCUGUGGUUUCUAAGGAAGGAACUUCUGGAUCUCACAUAUUAGAAGAUGGAUUAAUCAAAGUUGAAGGGCCAGAAGAUAUUCUUUCUGUUCAUUCAUUGCCUUCAAGUCCAUUCACUCAUCCAGUGCCAAAGGAAACGAUAUCAUCUGUGGAAGACUCUGAAGUGUCUUUGACAUCCUCACCAUAUCUGGCCUCCUCUGUCACUUUAGAUCUUGCUAAAGAAACAAUGAUACCUUUUGGCUUGGACUCUUUGGCCUCCAAAGUCAAAGGCCAAUUAGAAGUGAGCACUUUGAUGCCAGACACAUCCAUAGAAAAAGAGUUUAUAUUUGAGAGUGGUUUAGGUUCAGGGUCUGGGCAAAAGGUGGAUCUGAUUUCUUGGCCAUGGAGUGAGACUUCAUUUGAGAAGAGUUCUGAACCACUGUCUAAGUCAUGGCUUGAAGAUCAGGAAUCACUUAUGCCAACUGAAGGUAUAGAUGAGAAAUUAGGUAUAGAUGACAAAGAUUCCACAGGGCAAAGUACUGAGCAUUUAAAAUAUGGAUAUUAUGAUAGAUCCACACACUUUGCAGAGGAAGAGCUCAUUGGUGGACCUACUGUGCCCAUCUUUGCAGAGACCACAACUGAAUCUGCAUCUCUAAUUCUCUCCAAGCAAAUAUCAGAGGCACCUGACAUUGAUGAUUACUCAGUUACCAAAGCACCUCUUCUAUUGACAGCUAUAGCAAUCUCUGCUUCUACUGGUAAACCAGAGCUACCAUUUCUAAAGAAGGAUAUGGAACAAACUAUAGAAUCAUCCAGCCGUGAGUGGUUUGACAGCAAGGUUUCAAUUAUGAAGCCAGAUAUGCAACCUUUGGGGACCAUAUUGCCAGAAUCAGAUGUAGUUUGGGCAAGAACUUCUUCCCUGGGGAAAUUGUCCAGAGACAUAUUGGCAAGUACACUACAGAGUACUGACAAGCUCUGGCUGAAAUCUUCCAUGACACAGCCUACCAAAUUGUCUCCAACCACAAGCUCCACCCUGCUAGAGGAUGAAGUAAUUAUGGGUGUACAGGAUAUUUCAUUAGAACUGGACCGGAUAGGCACAGAUUACUAUCAGCCUGAGGUAAUCCCUGAGGAAAAUGGCAAGGUUGGUAGUUAUGUGGAAAUGUCUACAAAUGUUCAGUCCACAGAGAGGGCUAUUGUGGUGCAACCCACAGAAGGAGGUGACUUGAGUCAUACCCAGACUGCAGGAGCUUUGGUGGUUUUCUUCAGCCUCCGAGUGACAAACAUGAUGUUUUCGGAAGACCUAUUUAAUAAAAACUCUUUGGAGUAUAGAGCACUGGAGCAAAGAUUUUUGGAACUGCUGGUUCCCUACCUCCAGUCAAAUCUCACAGGGUUCCAGAAUUUAGAAAUCCUGAACUUUAGAAAUGGCAGUAUUGUGGUGAACAGCCGAAUGAAGUUUGCCAAGUCUGUCCCUCCUAAUGUCAACAAUGCUGUAUACAUGAUUCUGGAAGACUUCUGUACCACGGCCUACCAGACCAUGAACUUGGCUAUUGAUAAAUACUCCCUCGAUGUGGAAUCAGGUGAUCAAGCCAACCCUUGCAAGUUUCAGGCAUGCAAUGAAUUUUCUGAGUGUUUAGUCAACCCCUGGAGUGGAGAAGCAGAGUGCAGAUGCUACCCUGGGUACCUGAGUGUGGAAGAACUGCCCUGUCAGAGUCUCUGUGACCUACAGCCUGACUUCUGCUUGAAUGAUGGAAAGUGUGACAUUAUGCCUGGACAUGGGGCCAUUUGUAGAUGCCGGGUGGGUGAGAACUGGUGGUACCGAGGUGAGCACUGUGAGGAGUUUGUGUCUGAGCCCCUGGUAAUAGGCAUCACCAUUGCCUCUGUGGUUGGACUUGUCCUUGUUUCGUCUGCUGUUGUCUUCUUCCUCGUCAGGACUCUUCAGACUCAUCAUGUUAGGAGAGAGAGAGAGAGGCCCAGCAGGCAGCCUGACAGCCUCUCAUCAAUUGAAAAUGCUGUGAAGUACCCUGUGUAUGAAAGCCAUGUAGCUGGACCUGAGCAGUAUGAGGGGCCCUAUCCUCACAACCCCUUCUACAGCUCUGCAAGUGGAGAGAUGAUUGGUGGUCUGAGCAGGGAAGAAAUCAGGCAAAUGUAUGAGAACAGUGAGCUUUCCAAAGAGGAAAUUCAAGAAAGAAUGAGAAUUUUGGAACUGUAUGCCAAUGAUCCUGAGUUUGUAGCUUUCGUGAGAGAACAUCAAAUGGAAGAGCUUUAAUCAAAACUUUUAUUAUGAAACUGAUCAGAAGCCUAGAGAAGAUGAAGAUCACUUGUUACCUAUGUCAUAUAAUUAACCUGGAUUUUGACCUCUGUUGGAAGAAGAGUGAAAAAAUUAAAAAUUAAAAAAUUAAAUUUGGGGACAAAAUUUUUUCUAGCUUAAAAUUUCAGAAUGUAGUAAGAGAUGUGACCAUUUUUAUACCUACAAAGACCAAAAGCUGUAUUUAAAGACUCAAAGCUGUAUGAGUUCUGGGAAGUAUUCUACAAGUAAAACUUGGGCCUAGGAGUUGGGACUGAAUUCAUUAUCUGUUCUGAAUCUCGAAAGUGUGUCUUAAUUGUGGCUCAGGUUUUCCUGGAAGCAGAUAACAGGAGACCAUUACAGGAGAAGGCAGGCUCAGUAACAAUAUUUUGUAGCAUGUUUGUUAUUGUUAGGUGGAAGGAGAAGCCUUUGAAGUAGUUUUAAUAUAGUUUAUAGUCAGACAUUCAUCCACAUAAAAAAUACCAAGUUUUUUUGGCAAUUACACUAUUGAAGAAAAAGUAACCUUUUUGCUGUAGUAUAGAGUUAGGCUUGUACUUCAGUUUCCACCAGAAUUUUGAAUUUCCUGAGCAUAUGAAUCAAGACCACAUUAUUGUUAAGUAUGUCAAUAUCCUAUUUUUUUUAGUUGU